GAGCAUUCGAUCUCCUUCCGCAAGGCGACGGUCAUCUGCUGGAAUGAGGAUCGUAAUGAAAUUCCAAAAGGGAGGAACUCGCAUUAGAUGAUUGCCAUUAUCUUAAACAUGUACUUGUAUAUUAGAGAAGUAUAACGAUAAAACUAGCCCUUUGAUGGCAUGUUAUUUGUAUGCCCAACAUGGGAGAUAAUCACGGUCAGACAUCAGCGUUUCGACAAGUCGAGGAUUGGCUGCGCUCUAUGGGCCUAAUUUGUUAUGCUCAGCCGUUUUACGACAAUGGCUAUGAAAAUCUGGAAAUAUGUAGGCAAAUAACGGAGGAAGACCUGAACGUGAUUGGCAUCUCUAAUGUCAAGGACAAGAAUGACAUCUUAGCUGGUGUUUGUCGCCUGAAACAGAAAGCCGUUUAUUUUGAAUUGGAGCCAGAAAAGGAAGAAGCAGAGGCAGUUGUCUUUCGUAAACUCGACCCAUUUGUACUCAAAAUGCGCGUUAAAUCUGAAAUGGAAAAGAGUAAUAUACAGCUUACAGAACCACCAUAUUUCUAUCCUGAUGGUUCUCUUGGGUCAUUGGAAUCUCUCGCUGAACAGCUCAGUUACAAACUAGAGACCUUUGUGGAAGAUGUGCUAAAUGCUCUUGACCAAUUCAGGCGCAAGCAGCUGCCCGCAGGACUGUACAAUGAUGUCAAUGAAAUGAUGGAUAUGCAGCGGCAACAGGAACAGAAGAAAAAAAUCAAUAUAAAGACAAUUUCUCCACCCAAACCUAAACGAGAAAUUAGAGAAGAACCGAAAGACUAUUUAAAUGUAGAGACGCCAUUUAAGCGGACUUCAAGUUUGUCAGUGCACGAUAAGAGAAUAACAAAAAGCACGACAAAUCUUGCUGAUAUGGAUUUGGACCGAAAACCUGUUGGCGCUAGCAAGAAAGAUAAAAAAUCGAAGCAGGUAUCAAAAAGCUAUUCGACGCGAGAGAAAAGCAAAAAUCUGCUUGGACUGAAUGUGCGGAAGAAGUCGACGGGUAGUGAUAAGAAAGGGCAGAAGAACAGAGAGUCGUUUGUUGCUAAAGACUUGACUUUUAAUCAGCAACAACUGAUUGAACUCCAGACGAAGGUGAAGCAUGGAGAAAUCUCGCAAGCUUACGUUGUUGCCCAAGCUACCGAGAAUUAUCGGCAAUCCAUUUUGGGCGAGCCGUCCCAUAUGAAAGGUAUAGACAAGCAUCAGCUCACAAAGAAAGAAAAGAAGAAAUUAGAAAAAGAAGAGAAAAAGCGAAAGAAAAUCGAACGCGGGAGACCCUCGGGACAUUCAAUGUUCUACACCACAGAUCGGAGUGAUAGCAAUGCAGAUGGACGAUCAACAACGCCGCUCCUGGAUCAGGAUGAAUCACAAUUCGAUGACAUUGUGUCUUUGGGACAUUCGUCCGGAAGUGACAUCAGUAGAGAAAGCCCGGACUUGCGGUCCUUUGGCGAUAAGAAAUUGCACAAAGCUGAUAAUGGUCAUGCAGGGUUUCUUGGGGAUGGGUCGCCGAACACUUCAGCCGGAAAUAUCAACAUUGAUCGAUGGAGUUCGGAAAGACGAAGCACAGGCUCCAAGAGCAGAUCAAACAGCGUGAGAUCAUUAUCAAAACCUGCCAAGAACCCUCCACCCGUCCCUAUAUCCAAAGAUCAGGAAUCCAGUUUUCAAAAUCAGGACUCCCGGCCCGAAGACAGCGCAUUGCAAGGAUCGCCUGCCGGUAAACGAUCCUUAAAACCCACCUUAUCGGCUCCUUCACCAUCAAAGAUGGCAAUAGGCCAGCGAAAGUUCUCACCAACUCAUUCAAACCAUAGCGAUACUUCUUCUGAGCAGGUUUCCUUUCAGAAUAAGCUCAAAGCUUCAUCCUUUGAUUCUAUGUCCAAAGGCAACAACGGUGAUAAUGUCUUUCAAGUUAAAUCCUUUCCCUUUGCGGCUCAAGACUUACAAGAAAUUAAACUAAAAUCAAAUGAAAUAAAAAGACGCUCGAUGUGCCCAACAAAUAAUAGGAAUAAUGAUAGCUUGAAUAAUGAACAAUCUGAAGUGACAGAUGAACGCUUAAAUCCACCUCUUGCAUCCGCAACGGCUCCUCCAAAGCCGCCUGAUAGGGCUAAUGCCCCAAAUGACGUAAAACCAAUACCAAGCCAGAAGCCCGAGGAAGUUACAGUUCCAGUUAAAAACGAUGGGUUCAAUGCAAAUGUUGAAGUAAAACCGAAGGGGGAAACAGAGAAAAAGCUUCCUGUCCCUCCACCUAGGAGAAUACCAAACACCACCGCAACCAAGGACACUGAAAGUAAAGAUACUGUAACACAUGGUGAUCAAAAGCCGGUCAUCCCGCCACGGAAAAGAAGAAGCAUUUCUUUGGAGCCAACAAACGCGAACGAGGCCACUCCAACAGUGCCACUGGCCGGCAAGAAGGCUGAUUCUAUUCCAGGUGCUUCUAAACCAACGACAAAACCGAAGCCGGUUUUCCCGCCUCGUCAAUUACGGGAAAUCAAAGAACCUGACAAAGAGCACACUAUUCAAGGUUUACAUCAAACUGAAGAGACUAAGAUUAAAACCGAGGUUAAACCUACACAGGUCGAAACGAAAGAUGCAUAUAUUGAUGUGGACACUAGAAAGCAAGGACCGACGUUAAGACUUCGCUCGCUUGAAGAACUUAUUCAAAUGAAAUUAGACAAGGAAGAUAUAGAGAUCUCGGAAUUUCCAUACACAAAUCAGCACGGUGGAUGGAGUGUGCCUUUCCCGUUAGUCGCUCGAUAUUCUGCGGAACUUGAAAAGCCGCUCGAACCAGUGAUUAAAAGCAUGGAUACAGUGCGAUGCGAGCAUCUGCAGCAGAAAGGAAGAGCAACAAAACGAGCGGUUCUUAUGGAAGUGCUACAGACGUCAGACUUUGAUGCGAUCACAACCUCAGUUGAAGCUUGGUUGAUAUCUAUCGGCUUGCCAAUGUUUAGCAAGGACUUUAAAGAAUGCGGCGUGCUUUCGUUCGAAGGGCUUCAUGAUCUAGCGAGGGAAGACGUGCUCGGUAUGGGCAUAUUCGAUAUUAGACACGUGAAUGAACUGAUGAAAAGGCUCAGCGGGGAUAAAUAACGCAAAUUUAUUUUUGUACAAAUAUAAAUAUCUUUAUCAAAACUAUGCGUAAUUGACUCAAACCCUUUUGUAUAGAUAGGACCUGUAUUUAAAGGGAUGUGCUUGCUGAAUGAAUGGAAAUUGUUUUUUGGUUGCAGACAGGAAGCUGUUAAAAUAGUAUUUUAUUUUCAAAUUCGGUUUUUCAUCGGUUUAAUAUUAUGUCAUGCUUUUUCAGCUUAAACAAUUUCUUGUAUCCUUCUCGCAUCUUACUUGAGCUGUAACUCGCAGUUAAACAAUGUACAGACCCAAAAAAGCAUGAGUAGGACCGACGUUUGUAUAUGGAUGCGUUCGCUAACUGCACAUGGCCAACAAUAAAAUUUUAGUUUGAACUUACUCUCAAGGCAUAGCGUAGAGUUUUAUUUUUUAGAAGUAGUUAGGUGCAGGAAGUUGUCUUUUUUAUGUCGGAUUUCAUUGUCAAGCCUUUUUGGAAGGUUGUAAUUUGUUGCGCUGUUUGGUAGACUUUGAAUAGAUUUGCUCUUUUCUGUUAUUCUUUUUCAUUGCACUGUAACAAAA